CUAACAACAACCCUGUCUAACCUAUCAUUUGUGGUUGGAGGCAUCGUAAAAUGCUACUAUACAUGCCGAGUGUUCCUGUUUGAUAGCUAUAUAUUCUCUCCAUGGUAAGUCAACAUGUUCGUCUGACCAUAAAUCUCACCGCCAAACAUGGGUUCUAUUAUAUCGACGCUUAAAUCAACAGCAUCGGCCGUAUUCUCCGGCUAUAGGACAGUUCUCACGCUUUACAAGCAAUUCUCAUCUCUUCUUGAACGCGCGUCCUCAGAACCAGGAUUUCCCGUCCCAGAGCCAACAAAGUCAUACUGGCUCGACGAUCCGCCAUUCCCGGCACUAUGCGACAUCCAAGAUGAGAAGCUUCCCUCAGAAGUAGACAUGGUCGUCAUCGGCAGCGGUAUCACAGGUGCAGCCGUAACAAAAUCGCUGCUAGAGCUCUCCGACUCCAACCUUAGAGUUGUAGUCUGUGAGGCAAGACAGCUAUGCAGUGGUGCAACGGGUAGAAAUGGCGGACAUAUUAAAAGUGCGCCAUAUGAUGAAUUCGCCAUGUUCAAGUCAAAGUUGGGGCCAGAAGAUGCGAGGAGGAUAGUGAGGUUUAAGAGAAGUCAUUUGGACAUGAUGAAGCAACUGGGGAACAAUAUUGAGGCGGCUGAGGUUAGAGAGGUUGAGACGGUGGAUGUUUUUGUUGAGAGGGAGGAUUUUGAAAAGGCGAAGAAACAGGUUGAAGAUGUCAGGGAGUGGAUGCCCGAGGAGAAGCAUCGGGUUUGGGAGGCGGAGGAGGCGAGAAAGGAGCUUGGUGUGAAUGAGCUGGUUGUGGGAGCCGUGACUUAUACGGCUGGUGCACUGUGGCCAUAUCGUCUUGUAUCGAGUGUUUGGAACGAUUUACUUGAGCGGUUCUCGGGGUUGAGUAUCAACACUCACACACCCGUUGAGAAGGUAUCUCAUAACUCGGAUGGAUCUUACACAGUCACGACACCUCGUGGAAUCAUCAAGACGAAACACGUUAUCCACACAACGAACGCCCAUGCUGGACAACUUCUCCCUCCAGUAAGGGGCUGUGUCGUCGGUGCCAUUGCACACAUGAGCGCUCAACGACCAGGAUCUUCAUUCCCACCAACCCACGGAAACCGCUCCUGGUCAGUUAUCUACAGCCCAGGCUUCGAUUAUAUCACCCAACGCCCAGAUAGACCCAACGGAACACCUGGUGAUCUAAUGAUAGGAGGAGGAUUCUUCCGAAGUCGUGAAGACGGUCUCGAUCAAGUUGGAAUCUGGGACGAUAGCAAAACCCACGCCCUUCCUCUAAUGCACAUCCGCGGCGUAAUGCCCUCAAUCUACGAACCGAACUGGGGCUCCGGAAGCAGUCUUAUUAAAGCCUGGACUGGAAUUAUCGGCUUCACGGGCGAUUUGAUGCCUCUUGUUGGACGAGCCCCUGAGUCAAAGGUUGAGAAAGAUUCAGGGGAGUGGAUGGCUGCUGGGUUCUGUGGCGAGGGCAUGGUAUAUGCUUGGCUUUGUGGGACGGCGUUGGCGGUUAUGGUUCUUGGUAAGGAGGGUGAGAAGUUGGGGGAUGGCGUUGGGAGGCCGGGAGGGAGGUUGGAGGAGUGGUUUCCGGGGGAUCUUUUGGGGGUUGAUAAGGAGAGGUUGAGGAGGGCUUAUAUCGCCAAUGCUGCGGAGUUUUUUGAGUAGACGCUUGAAUAUUGCACUGAAGCAAUGAGACAUGGAUUGUUUACUGGUUCAGCUGAGAAAUUGUGGUCUGUGAUGGGGGAUGGUGUGGAGUGAGGCGUUGACGGCUGUCUGCCAGUGCAAGCUAAGGCUUCAUGCAUCACCACUUUCAUCUCACGUGUAAUCGAUAUCCUCCACCUGAGCAGUGCGAGCUUUCUUAAUGCUA